CACACAAGAUCAUACAUUGAUCUCUUUCACAACUACUUUCUCUCACUAGAAAAAAAAAUACUCUUUAGAUUUUUUUUCUUUUAGUUCAAGUGUCUUGAGAGUAUAUCGUAGUAAUGAGUUCGUAGAUUCUGUUUCGGGUGUUGCGAAAUGGUCUCAUCACAGUUGUAUCCUGAGAUUCAAAAUUGCAUUAGAAACCGUCACACAUUACGGGCAAUUUAUUGAGUUAAGGAAAGAGAUCAAAUCUCGACUCCGUGAAUUCGUCUAUUUCCUUACGAUUUUUUAAAUGUUGUAAGUAUUUAUAUUAUCGUCUACAUACCUUUUGUUUCGUAAUUUUCAAUCAGGAUUCUCGCGCUCCUACAUUGAUCAGAUUAGUUAAAUUGGAAUGGGUUGGUUUCGUAUUUGUAACAGCUUGGUUUCCUAUUUGUAACAGGUCGGUUUUCAUAACUAGAUUACCAAAUUCUGACGUCUGAUUCACUAUUUUGACAAUAACAAUAUGAUUUCCUGACAUUUGGUUAGAAAUGGGAAAGAUGAUCGAUAUCACUGGGGAAAUUGAUUUGCGUUAUCUUGGGAUCCCUCGUAAUGCCACAAUAUCUGAGGCAGCAUCGGAUAUGACAUGGAACCAUUUGACACCGGGGAAGGAAAGUCUACAACAUUAAUUUUUAUGAGAUAAUAAAGGAAACUCAGGUUCCACAAACAAAUUCAGAUCCGGACAGAGUACUCUAGAAACAUGAUGAUAAUGAAUAUAAAGAUCAUUUUUCUGCUGCAUCCACCAGGGAACACAUUCAGGUGAAAAAUCAGAAGGUCCACUGGUAUCGACUGAUUUGAUUCACACAAUCUAUUCCUCAUCAUUCUUUCAAUAUUUGAUUAGUUUUUAAGAUAGAUUUUCCACUCUGAUUGGUACCAUUGACAAGUCAAUCAGAGAUCAAAUAGUCUCCUUAAAGUACAGAGGGGAUCACAGGCUUCAAGGACUACUGAGACGUGGGCUUGAAGUCUAUUCGCAUUGAUAGGACUUCUAGAGAAAAAAAGAAAGAGUAUUUCAUUCUGACAGCAAAGAAUGGAAAUGAUAACAAUCUCUCUAUGCUUCGCAACUAUCUUAGCAUUUCUCUUUCUAAAACAAAUUCUCAAACCAGCUACCACCACUAACCGUAACCUACCACCGUCUCCGCCGCGACUCCCCGUGAUCGGAAACCUCCACCAGCUCAGCCUCCAUCCUCACCGUUCACUUCGUCACCUCAGCCUCCGCUAUGGACCGCUCAUGCUCCUUCAUUUUGGUCGAGUCCCUAUACUUGUAGUUUCGUCAGCUGACGUAGCUCACGACAUCAUGAAAACACACGAUUUAAAGUUUGCAAACCGCCCGAAAACAAAAGCAGUCGAUAUAUUUUUGAACGGAGGGCGUGAUGUGGCUUUUUCCUCCGGCGAAUACUGGAGACAGAUGAAGAGCAUGUGCAGUUUUCAUCUCCUCAACAAGAAAAUGGUUAGGUCCUUUGAAAAUAUAAGAGAAGAAGAGAUAGUCUCAAUGAUGGAGAAGCUUGAGAAAGCUAGCUCUUGUUCUUUGCCGGUAAAUCUGAGUGAAUCUCUCCUGAAUUUGACAAAAAAUGUGAUAUGUAGAACUGCAAUGGGAAGAAAAUAUAGCCAAGAGGAAAACCCUAUGGAUUUUGGGAAAUUAGUGAGAACAUUCAUGGAGCGUAUAGGCACAUUUCCAGUUGGGGAUUACAUCAGGGGUUUGGCCUGGAUAGAUAAAAUACGCGGUCUGGAUCGUAAAAUGGAAGAAGUAAGCAGAACGUUUGCGGAGUUUCUAGAUAGAGUAGUGCAAGAACAUGUAGAUGAAGGUGAGAAGAAAGAGACAUUUGAUUUUGUUGAUAUGCUGUUACGAAUUCAAAGAGACGAGACAAAUGGAUUCGAGCUCGAUAGAAGUGACAUCAGACUCAUCAUAUUGGAUAUGUUCAUAGGAGGGAUGGAUACGACUUGCACGACUCUCGAUUGGGCAAUGAUGCUUCUUAUAAGACACCCAGAGUGUAUGAAAAAACUCCAAGACGAGAUCCGUACAUAUUCAAGACAUGAGUUCUAUGUAUCGGAAGAACAAGUGGAGAAAAUGAAAUACAUAAAGGCUGUGAUUAAAGAAGUUAUGCGACUACAUCCUCCUGCCCCACUGGUUCCUAGACAACUUAGUGAAGAUGUCAAACUGAAAGGAUAUGACAUUGCCGCUGGCACACAGGUGAUCAUUAAUGCAUGGGCGAUCCAUCGAGACACCACAACAUGGGGACCAGAUGCAGAAGAGUUUAAGCCAGAGAGACAAUUGGAUCUACCUUAAGAUUUUUCAGGACAAGAUGUCAAGUUUAUUCCGUUUGGAUCAGGAAGAAGGCUAUGUCCUGGAAUAGGAUUUGCUAUGGCUGUAAUGGAGGUGACACUGGCCAACCUUGUGAACAGGUUUGACUGGAAAGUCGAGAUUAGACCCCUUGGAGAUGAUGAUCAAUACUAUCUAGCUGAAGCAACCGGUAUUGAAGUUUGCCGCAAGUUUCCUUUAUUUGCAUUCCCAUCUUUGGCUUCAUCUACUCUUUAGGGUGCAACGAGAAUCAAUGUCUCGGCUAAAAGUAGCCACUACGCUUACUUUUUAACUAUCAAUAAAAACUGUAUUUUCCACUAAGAUGGGUAUUAUUAGUUUUUCUCAUGGAUCAUUUGGUAAUGGUGUGCUCUCGUUAAUCUGGUCGGUGUCUGAUGUCCCGGAUUUUGUUUUUCUUCUUUUUAUAAAUUUAUCUCUGAAUGCCAUUUUUCGUU